UCAUCUAGGCGCGCCGGAAGUGACCGCGGCGGUCGCCGGGAACUCCCGGAAGUGGUCGCUGCUGGGGAUUCCGACUCCCGGGCUGCGAUGGGUUGCGACGGAGGAACCAUCCCUAAGAGACACGAACUGGUGAAGGGGCCGAAGAAGGUUGAGAAGGUUGACAAAGAUGCUGAACUAGUGGCCCAGUGGAACUAUUGUACUUUAAGUCAGGAAAUACUAAGGCGACCCAUAGUUGCCUGUGAACUUGGCAGACUUUAUAACAAAGAUGCCGUCAUUGAAUUCCUUUUGGACAAAUCUUCCGAAAAGGCUCUUGGGAAGGCAACAUCUCACAUUAAAAGCAUCAAGAAUGUGACAGAACUAAGGCUUUCUGAUAAUCCCGCCUGGGAAGGGGAUAAAGGAAACACAAAGGGUGACAAACACGAUGACCUCCAGCGGGCACGCUUCAUCUGCCCUGUUGUGGGCUUGGAGAUGAAUGGCCGGCACAGGUUUUGCUUCCUGCGGUGCUGUGGUUGUGUGUUUUCUGAACGAGCCUUGAAAGAGAUAAAAGCAGAAGUUUGUCACACGUGCGGGGCUGCCUUCCAGGAAGACGACGUCAUCGUGCUCAAUGGCACCAAGGAGGAUGUGGAGACGCUGAAGGGAAGGAUGGAGGAGAGACGGCAGAAGGCGAAGCUGGGGAAGAAAGCAAAGAAACCCAAGGCGGUAGAGGCUGUCUCGAAACCAGAUGUCAGUGAAGAAUCCCCAGGCCCAUCAAAAAUUAAGACAGGGAAGCCCGAAGAAACCAGCCUCGAUUCUAGAGAGAAGAAAGCCAGCUCAGCUCCCAAAAGUGCAGCAGCAAACGGGAGCUCUUCCGGAAAAGUCGGGAAGCCUCUGUGCGGAGCCACAAAGAGGUCCAUCGCCAACAGUGAAGAAUCUGAAGCUUACAAGUCCCUCUUCACUUCCCACAGCUCCGCCAAGCGCUCCAAGGAGGAGUCGGCCCACUGGGUCACCCACACGUCCUACUGCUUCUGAAGCCCGUACUGCACCAGGCGCCCCGCAGGCCCUACUGGGUCUCCGCGGGGGCGGCGCUGUCCCUUGUGCUCUGCUGGCCAUUGGCAUGUGUGCGGUGGUGAAGUCGCCCUCCCAGACCUCGGAGCCGGCGUGGUCGCCCUUGCUAGCGAGGGGCGCGGGUUCCCCUGGUGGCCGUGCCGGCACCUGCCCGCCCCCUCCCGCAGGCCCCGCGCCCGCUUCCCCCUAUAGAUGCGCCUGUCCCCUCACCGCCCAGAAAGAUGCAUGGGCUGCACUUUCUACGCUGAAAAUCAUUAAAGACUCCCGAUUCCUCA